CCAACCCCCAACUCAGUGCUGCGACCUCUCAGGGCGGUUCUACCACCAAAAUGAACCCACACUUGCUCGCUACAGACUCGCAAGUCCUAGAACGGGUGAUUCCACUGCCCGAUAUCCGCUAACUGGACCUGCCGUGCACGGGAUCACUGUGUCCGCGAAUGCUUUGCGAAGGCUUGCCGCGUGCUCAGCACCUCCCCCGAAUUUGCCAUGUCGUCUCAGAUGCAGCCCCAAGUUCGUGGAGUGGACUAUAAGGUCCAUUUACCGCCCACCUCUGUUUCCUCCGAACGUUUUCUGUUGGACAUCAGCUAGCAGGAGCUUUCCAUUCGGUUCUUCUCCCUUUCCUAACUCCCACCACAUUCCUUAUUCCUUCGCUUCUUCCCUUCGUCCCUGGUUGGACUUUACGAAAAUUUAUAAUCCGUUCAGAGCUAGACUUUGCUAGCCGUCCAUCUUUCAACAAACCAGCCUCACUUUAAGCAAAUACGACUUAAUUCAGCAACAUGCCUAGCCUACGCUCAACCAUGCGCUACCUCUUCUGCCUGGCACCGGCUCUCACGGUGGCGGCUCCCGCUGGAAUCGACGCUCGUCAGGAGCCAGCUCCUCCUGCUCCCCCCGCUGGUGGCUUAACCGACGUCGAUAUCCAGUCAACCAGUGCCCUCACUGCGGAACACCUCGAAGCCGCAUUCUACAAGAACGGUUUCGCCAAAUUCCCCGCCUCGGACUUCCUGGCUCUGGGCCUCACUGAAGCCGAUGUCCAAUCUUUGGUCAAGGUUGGCGAGACUGAGGCGACUCAUGUCACGACACUUCUCUCCGCCAUUGCCGGCGCCGGUGCUGUCCCCGUCGAGCCUUGCCAGUAUAACUUCGAUGCCGCGUUCGCAUCUGCCCAGACCAUGGUCGCCACUGCGCGUAUCCUCGAGGCCGUCGGUGUGUCGGCCUAUCUCGGCGCCGCUCCCCUGAUUCAAUCUGGUGAUGUCCUCUCGGCCGCCGCUUCAAUCGUCACUGUGGAGGCGCGUCACCAGGCCUUGAUCCGCCUACUCUCUGGCGCCGAAGCCGUGCCCUCCGCCUUCGACACCGCGCUCGGUCCCCGCGCCGUCUUCACCCUUGCAGCCCAGUUCAUCCGCUCCUGCCCCGAAGGCUCCAACCUCAACAUCCAAGCGUUCCCCUCCAUCUCCCUCCAGAACCCGGAACUCGCCCAGGUGGGCCAGAACCUGCAGCUCGCGGACGCCGGUCAGCCUUCAGGUGGCCAGUUCUGCGCCUUCGUUGUUAGUGGUGCAACGCAAUUCUCCCCUCUCACCAACGGAAACUGCCUCAUUCCCCAGAACCUGUCGGGUGAGACGUACAUGAUGAUCACCAAGUCACAGUCGACGGCCGACGCAGAGGUGCUCGCCGGUCCCUCCGUCAUCCAGCCUUCGUAGAGAAGAAAAAUCCGCUUUGAUCGAUCAAUUUGGUGAUUUCCCCAAAUCGUCCUAGCCCUAAUUUAAUCAUGGACUCCUUGUGCUCUGAGAUAUGAGCUCCGAGCUCCGAAGCAACUUGCGCAGGUUGGGGGAAGGAAUCAAUAAACGGAGAAGACAUAUUUACUACAGCGAAAUGCUCUUUGCUAUUCUUUACGAUCGUUGGACAAAUACAAGCGUUGAUUUUUUGCGAUAAACCUCUUCUUUUGGUACGGGAUGGUUUUGUGUAUGUUGGGUGUGGAGGAGCUGGGUCGCACGAGCUGGUCUUGAGAGGUUUGGGAGAUACCCCAUGUCGUUUGCUGGGAAGAAGGUAGAUAGCUCUUGGAAGAGGGUGAAUGGGUA